GGUCACUCUUUAAUUAAACUUUGUAUUAGUCAUGAUGCAGACUAUAAGUUUCUCCCAAUUCAACAUUCCAUCGAUUCUACGGGCCUCACCUCCCCCUACAACCACCAUACACCGUCGCAAAACCACCUCAUCACGGAGGUUAUCUCCGGUCCUCGCGGUGGCUUCAUCCACAACUUCUCCAUCACGCCACCAGGUCACUCACUCAAUGCCACCAGAAAAAUUGGAAAUCUUCAAGUCAUUAGAACCUUGGGUUUCUGAAAACAUCCUCCCACUCCGCAAGCCCGUAGAGAAAUGUUGGCAGCCCAUUGAGUUUCUCCCUGACCCAUCUCAAGGGCCCGAACAAUUCGAGGAAGAGGUUCGGGCCCUAAGGCAACGAGUUUUAGGGCUUUCGGAUGAGUACUUUGUUAUGCUUGUGGGUAAUAUGCUAACUGAGGAUGCUUUGCCUACCUAUCAGACUUUUUUAAAUACGUUUGAUGGAGUACGCGAUGAGACUGGAUCCAGCCCAUGUCCAUGGGCAAUUUGGACUCGCGCAUGGUCAGCUGAGGAAAAUCGACAUGGUGAUCUGCUACGUACUUAUCUUUAUCUUUCGGGAAGAGUGGAUAUGUUGAUGGUUGAGAAGACACUACAAUACUCUAUUGGAGCUGGAAUUGACAUCGGAGCAGAGAACAAUCCAUACAUUGGCUAUGUGUACACGUCAUUUCAAGAGCGAGCCACAUUUCUAACGCAUGGUAACAUGGCUAGGUUAGCUACAGAAGGCGGAGACCCCGUGCUAGCGCGUAUAUGUGGAACUAUUGCAGCGGAUGAAAAGCGUCAUGAGAAUGCCUACACAAGAAUUAUAGAGAAGUUGCUAGAAGUGGACCCAAACACGACUAUGAUAGCCAUUGCGAAUAUGAUGAAGAAGAGAAUUACUAUGCCGUUGCACCUCAUGUAUGAUGGGCAAGAUCCGAAUAUAUUUGAGCACUUUUCUGCCAUUUCCCAAAACCAAGGCGUCUAUACAUCUCGUGAUUAUGCUGAAAUAUUAGAAUUUUUCAUAACAAAAUGGGAAUUGGAAAAGCUUGAAGCCUUGACAGGGGAGGCGAGGCGUGCACAAGAUUUUGUGUGCGGACUUCCACGUAAGAUUAGGAGGUUGGAAAAUCGAGCCAAAAAAUUAGAGUCACGUUCGGCGAAAUUUAGUUGGAUUUUUAACAAGCAAGUGAAUGUUUAGAUGUAUUGAUUUGUAAUAAAGAUGUAAAACUAAAAUGUAUCCUUUUACUUUUUACUCUUUACUAAUAAUAAUAGUCUUUUUGGCUAAUCUACUAAAAAA